AAAAACUUUGAGUCUCACGUCAUGUUGUCUUUUGGGAACACACUAUGUUUUCCUCGUUAUCAAACUUCCAGGUGUCAUCUUCUGGGCAAGCUCCACUUUUUACUAAUCCUUCUAUCGAGCUAUUUCCUAGUGACUCUAAAGCAGAUACAUUUGAUUGGCUUCAUGAUGCCUCUCCACAUGCUUCACCUAGGUCUAUAAAAGAUGCUCUGCCUAUUGGUAAUGCAUUAGACAAUGGUGAGUCUUCUUCCCUUCCCGCUUCUGUAUCACCUAUUGGAUCUAAACCUGUUGAGCUCGAAAAUGAGAUCCUUAAUCCACCUUCAAGUUGUCCUACUUGGAUCAAAACUCGAUCUGAUGGUUCUAUGGAUUGUUAUAAGGCUUGUUUCGUUGCUAAAGGAUUUACUGAAGAAUAUGGGAUUGAUUAUGAGGAAACCUUUGCACCUGUUACUCGUCCUACUUCAAUUCGUAGUUUGAUUGCUAUUGUUGUUGCAAAAGCAUGGAAAUUGUUUUACAUGAACGUGCAAAAUGCCUUCCUAAAUGAUGAUUUUGCAAAGGAAGUUUACAUGCAACCACCUCUUGGACUUGAGCAUCCUCCAAACAAAGUUUGUCAAUUGAAUCUUCAUGAUACUGUGUUGUUCAUACGCAAGACUAAUCAUGGUAUGGUUCUACUACUUCUUUAUGUAGAUGAUAUGAUCAUUAUUGGGGAUGAUAUUUCAGGUAUUCAUGAUCUUAAGCAAUUUCUCAGUCAUAAGUUUGAGAUGAAAGAUCUUGGUGUUUUGAGUUAUUUCUUGGGACUUGAGGUCACUUCUUUUGACGAUGGUUAUCUUUUCUCUCAAACAAAGUAUGCCUAUGAUCUUAUAUCUAAAGUUGGACUCAUUAACAGUUUGACUGCAUCUACUCCUCUUGGGCCAAACGUUCGACUUACAUCUAUUGAUGGUUCUCCAUUAGCUAAUCCUAGUUGCUACAGAUAAUUGGUUGGAAGUUUGAUUUAUCUCAUUACAACGCGACUAGACAUGGCUUAUGCAGUUCAUGUUGUUAACCAGUUUAUGGCUACAUCUUGCUCCACUCAUUAUGCAACAGUACUUCGCAUUAUUUGCUAUAAUAAAGGUACCAUUUUUCA